AUGCCCUCGCUCGGGGACCUGCUGCGCGACUGGCACCAGGGCGCGCAGGCCGUGGCGCGCGGGGACUGGGACUGCGCCCUGCACCUCUUCUCGAGCGUCUCGGAGCCGCCCGCCAGGGUGAGCUUCAACGUGGGCUGCGUGCACCUGCUGGCCGGGGACCCGGAGGCCGCGCUGCGGGCAUUUGACCAGGCAGUGACCAAGGACACCUGCCUGGCUGUCGGCUUCCUCCAGCGCGGAGUGGCCAACUUCCAGCUGGAGAGGUUCCAGGAGGCCCUGUCGGACUUCCAGCGCACCCUGGCCCAGCUGAGGGACAACGCCACCAUCGACUACACCCAGCUGGGCCUGCAGUUCAAGCUGCAAGCCUGGGAGGUGCUGUUCAAUGUGGCUGCAGUGCAGAGCCAGCUGGGGCUCUGGGCAAAGGCCGCCUGCAGCCUGGGGGACGCCCUCUCCAAGGGGCCAGAAGGGGCCCGCAACGACCUGGACAUAGCCCUGGGCCAAGUGCAGAAACAGGUCCCCCUGCAGCCUCGGCAGGUCCCCAGGGGUGAGGUCUUCCGGCCUCAUAGGCGGCACCUGGAGCACCUGGAGCCUGUGGAUUUCCUGGGCAAGGCCAAGGUGCUGGCCUCCACCCUCCCCGCCGACUCACAGAGGGUCGCCCCGCCGCAGCCACAGGCUCUGGACGCGUGUGCUGAAGCCAGGCCCAGGGCCGCUGCAUGGGCCUGUGACACUGACCCUGGCAGAGCUGGCACCCCCUGCAGCCCCAGGACACCUGCUGACGCGGAGAUGGAGGUCAGCUCCGGCCAGGCUGGGCAGCACGACCACAGCACGCCGGUCACUCACGAGAGUGCCCACGGGGAGCAUGCUGGCCAGCAGGUUCCUCCAGGGCUGCUGGCAGCCGGGGGGCCUGGCCCUGGCCCCUCCGAGGAACCCGCCGGCGCUGGAGGCGUGACAUCGGGGGACUCUGAGUCCUUGGUGACCGUCACCGUGCAGUGUGCCCUCACCCUGACCCUGACGGCCCCGAGAGGAGCUGACCUGUCCAGCCUACGGGCCCUGAUGAGCCAGGCCCUGCCCCGCCACGCCCAGCAUGCCCAGCUCAGCUACCGAGACCCCAGCGAGGACGGGCGCUGGAUGCCCCUCUCUGGGGAAGAGGUGCUGCGGGGGGCCUGGCGGAACGCGGCCGGCCCCGGGGGUCUGCAGCUGCAGUGCCGGGGAGUGGGCGGCCGGCCUGUCCUUUACCAAGUGGUGGCCCAGCAUGUCUAUUCCGCCCAGAGGCCCGAGGAUCUGGCCUUGCAGCCGGGAGACACCGUGGACGUCCUGUGCGAAGUGGACCAGGCGUGGCUGGAGGGCCACUGUGAUGGCCGCAUCGGCAUCUUCCCCAAGAGCUUCGCCGGCCCGGCUGCGCAGCACGCCUGA